UGCGACUGUUUGCGAACCCUAAGCCAUUUGCGGCUGUGUUUUUUUUGUUGCUCGAAAAAACUUUUCUCAGAUCCCAUUGACUAUUUUCUUGAAUAAUCUUGGGUAAACUCUCAAUCCCUCUCUAUAACUUCCCUAUGGGUACCCGGCCGUAGCCAGUUUCUAAGGUGACUGUUCACCGUGAAUGGGUGACUACCGUGACAUUGUAGCUGGCUUAUCCUCCGUUGGUGACAGAGUGAAAGUGCGUCGUAGGUCGAGUUCGAGUGUGGAUUCUAGCAUGUCUCUUAGAAAUGUGUCAUUAGAGGUGAAGCUAUUGCAGAACAACCCACCUUCAGUCUUCAAAGAGGAUGACGUUCUUAAGCUGAAGACGACUUACAACUUACCAUCGUCUGUGAACUUGAGGCUUCCUCUUCCCUCAGAACGAGCAGCGGAUGCAAAGCAUGGUGAGGUCGUUGUUUACGAGCUGUAUUUUGCGGCAGGCUUGCGGGAGGUGAUUCCAUCCCUUAUUGCAAAAGUGGCUAAGCGCUUUGCAAUUUCUCCUGGCCAGCUCUACCCAUCAGCCUGGAGAUUGCUGACCGCCAUUCAAACUUUUGGGGAGUUGGAGUCCAUUACCAUAGGAGUAGAAGAGGUCUUGUGCGCGUAUUUCCUUUUGAAAAUUGACACCGACCCUGGAAGAUACUCUCUACAUACGAGGAAUCAUCCACCUUUAGCUGUUGACUUUGAGGGACAUUCCAGGAGAACGCUUGAAGAAGGAUGGCGAGAAAGAUAUGUCUUUAUGAAAGUGGGUGAUAAUCCGGGUUUCCCUACUUCUUGGUUUGUUGCAGGUGUCAGUUCCAAAGCAAAUCUAGCAUUUAGGGAUGGAGCUCUUGAAGUGGUAAAACAUCCGUUGCUUUAUCGUUCUGUGGAGUUUCUUACCAGCAAGUUUGCUUUAGAGAACAGUUCUAUCUGGGGUUUCAACAUGUCCUAUGGUCAGCGGAGCUCCACAUCAAAUGCUUUUGCAAAGUUCAUGGCUGCUUCUGGGAAAUUAGCAGAGGCUAAUCCCUCCUCAUCCGGAGAUGAAGUGCAGUUUCUGGGUGAUCUUUCCACGCACAAGCGUAAGACUCAUGACGACACCGCAAAUUCGUCAGAGGCGAGGCGGCUUAGGACUGUUCAGACUGUUGCGGUCCUAUCUCCUUCCUCUGAGUUAGUCUCCAGCUCCACUACUUCUAUGGCUACCGAGGAAUUGAGAUGCAAGAUUCUCACUCAUAACUUUGAAUCUCUUGUCGACAUUGGGACCAACUCCACCAUUGAUAGCGUCUAUACUGAUCUCCUCAAGGCAAUGUCUUCUUUCCAUCUCGUCGAUAAGAAGUUAUCUUCUGAACACCAAAUCAAUGAGAAUCUGAGGCGUGAGCUGGACAAUGAGAAGUCAAGAACCGAUUUUGCUCACAAGACCAUUGCUGCGAAAAGCAAUGAAAUUUCUAGUCUUGAAGCGAAAGUGCAAGAACUUGAUCAGACCAUACUCGAUCUUCAGGCUUCAGGUUUGGAUUUACUGAAGGAAAAGGAACUGCUUCAGCAAGAGAUCACGGUCCUCAGGAAACGAGUUGACGUUUUGAAGAAUGAGCUUGAGUUUUUCUUGAAUGGAGCAGCUAUCAUAGCUGGAUGGGAAGCCUUGCGGGAAUGCUUGUUGGGAGAGCA